AUUUUUCAGGGAGAUGCUUUGGUAACAACAUGCUACUAUAAUACCCUGGGUUACGAUAAUGCAACACUUGGUGGUUUUUCCAUUAGUGAUGAGAUGUGUGUUAAUUAUAUGCACUAUUAUCCGGCAACAAAAUUGGAAGUUUGCAAGAGUUCUGUUUCAGAAGAUACUUUGGAAAAUUACUUCAUUUACAUGAAAAAGAAGGAGCAUCAACGUGACAUACGCUUAAAUGGUGCACGUUCGAAAAAUUAUCGCAGCAUCAAGUGGACACAACCACGAGUCGACCAAUUGUAUACAAUGUAUAUACAGGAACCACUUAGUAUGCAAUGUAACAAAUCGGAUGGUUUUCGCUUUGAGGGUUACCAAUGGGAGGGUGCACCCAUUACACCCGUACAAAUCAAAAUACCCAUACAUCGUAAAUUAUGCCCCAACUACAAUCCAUUGUGGCUAAAACCACUGGAAAGAGGUGAAUGCGAUUUAUUGGGUGAAUGCAUUUACUAAAGAAGUGCUUUCAAAUAAAAAUUAUGGAGAAAAAUGAUUUCACGACGAAGGCGACAACAAGGGCGAAUACGAGGUCUAACAAAUUGCAGUAGCAGCUGCUGUAGCUGUUUCAUAAUGGAGGUAAAAAAAACUUAAGUAUUUUAUAUAUUUUAAAGUGCAAAAUUCGUAAGAGCAUGACAGCGUUAGAGUAGUUUAUAAUAAGUAAUGAGAAAAUUGUUAUAAUUAAUAGAAAUGAGUUUUAGUAAUUUUUUUCUUUUUUUGUUCUUUUUUUAUGAUUUUAAUUUUCAGUAUUUUGUGUUGAUUAUAAUUUUGUCAUUGUUUAUUUGGUUUAGUUUUGUACAAAAAAACAAAAAGUAACACUCUAGAAUUUAAGCAACAUUAACACAAAAUAGCCAUUAAACGAAAUGAGAUUUCAUUCUUGGAAAAUUGGCACCAAAGAUUACAAUGAGUGGGGGCAAGUACGUGCAAGUAUGUCUUAAUCUACAAAUAAUUAGGGGUUCCAUAACUAUAAUUCCGGCAAACUUUCGUAGAUAUCUUUAGCUGGUUGACCAGACAGAGCUUUCAUCGAAUUCUCCUUUGUUAAAUAUAUUUAAGAAAGUGCCCUUUUUAAAGAAAUUUUUUUAGAAAGUUAUCUUUUAAUAGAAAAUAUAUGAAAAUAUAUCCUUUUUAUAGAAAAUUUUCGAAACAAUUCUCUAUUUCUAGACUGUGUUCGAGAAUAAUUGCGAGAAAAUUUUCGUUUUAAAGAAUAUUUUAGAAACAAAUUUUUUUAUAGAAUA